UCUAAAGACACCCCCCCCCCACCCCCCCAUCCCACCACCAUGAUCCACCACAAACCACCACUCCUCCUCCUCAUCCUCUUGAUCACCACCGCUAUCGCCGCCGCAUCCGCCACCACAAUCUCCCAACAAUUCAAAGAAGCUCCGAAAUUCGACAACGCGGCCGACUGCCCACCGACCGCCACCGACACCACCGCCAUCCACAUCGCCAUGACCCUCGACGCCACCUACCUCCGCGGCUCAAUGGCGGCAAUCCUCUCCGUCCUCCAACACUCCUCCUGCCCACAAAACAUCAUUUUCCACUUCAUCACCUCCACCACCACCUUCUCCUCCGACCCCACGCGCCUACGCGCCACCAUAACAACCUCAUUCCCAUACCUAAAUUUCCAUAUCUACCCCUUCAACGACUCAUUCAUCCCCGGACUUAUCUCCACCUCCAUUCGCUCCGCCCUUGACACCCCCCUCAACUACGCCCGUACCUACCUCGCCGACAUCCUCCCCCUCCACGUCACCAAAAUCAUCUACCUAGACUCCGACAUAAUCCUUGUCGACGACAUUGCCACCUUAGCCGCCACCCUUCUCCCUAACGACACCGUUUUAGCCGCCCCUGAAUAUUGCAACGCCAACUUCACAUUCUACUUCACUCCAACUUUCUGGUCAAACCCUUCUUUAUCCGUAACUUUCACAAACCGCAACCCAUGCUACUUCAACACCGGUGUUAUGGUAAUCGACUUACAACGGUGGCGUUCAGGUGACUACACAAGAAAAAUAGAGGAAUGGAUGGAGUUGCAAAAGAGAAUGAGGAUAUAUGAGUUGGGUUCUUUGCCGCCUUUUUUGCUGGUUUUCGCGGGAAAGAUAGCACCGGUGAAUCAUAGAUGGAACCAGCACGGAUUAGGUGGGGAUAAUUACCGGGGACUUUGCCGGGAUUUGCAUCCGGGACCGGUUAGUUUGUUGCAUUGGAGUGGGAAAGGGAAGCCGUGGGUGCGGCUUGAUGCGGGGAGACCGUGUCCACUUGAUACUCUUUGGGCGCCUUAUGAUCUUUUGAAAUCUCAAGUUUUGUUUGAUUCUUGAACAAGUUGUUAAAUGAGUUUUGAUCAUGUGGGAGGAGAUGAUGAGAUGGCCAAGGUUGGGUUGGGUGGAAAUUUUUUUUUUUUUUUUUUGAAAUUGUACAUUUGUUUAAACACUUAUAAAAUACUAUAAGAUAGAAGUAGGGAUAUUGGGAAUUUUAAAUUCAUGAUUUUGUUGUAUUUAUAAAGAAGUAAGUCCAAGACUUACUAUAAUCAUGUAAUAAAAUAAGUAUAUUUCAAUAUGUC